UUUUUUUGUAAAAGUGAAAAAGAAAACGGAUAACGGAAACCCUAAUCCCCAAAUCACAAAUCUAUCCGAUGUCGCUAUUUAAUCUCUUUACGGUUUUCGUCUCCGAUUCGAUGUCCUGCGCUUCGCUCCCCGCGUCGAUACAACUUCGACCCCCCUUGUUCUCCGCCGGGGAGGGUUUCUCCGGCGCCUGCUCGACGCCAUGAGGAAGAAGCUGGACACCCGCUUUCCCGCGCCUCGGAUUAAGAAGAUCAUGCAAGCAGAUGAAGAUGUCGGCAAGAUUGCUUUAGCCGUGCCUGUUCUUGUGUCCAAAGCAUUAGAGCUAUUUCUGCAAGACUUGUGUGACAGGACAUAUAAUAUUACAGUUCAGAAAGGGGUCAAGACAGUGAGUUCUUCUCAUCUGAAACAGUGUAUACAUAGUUAUGAUGUGUAUGAUUUCUUGAAGAAUGUAGUCAACAAAGUUCCAGACUUAGGUGCACCUGACACUAGUGCUGAUGAUAAGCUUGGCAAAAGAAGGAAACAUGCUGAAGAUGAAAGUGAGGAGGAAUCGAAGCGAACAAGAAAUGAGGUAGCAAGCCAUGCAAGCAAUGGCAGAGGGCGUGGGAGGGGUCGUGGGAGAGGCCGACGUGGCGGGCGUGGGGCUGAGAGGGAGACUGAAUACCAUGAGUUAGCCCCAUGUGAAAGCAAGCCAGUCAACCUAAAGGUAGAGAUUGGAGAUGUGGGCUCUGACACAAUUGAAACCAAGGAGCCUACCCCUUUGAGCAAUGCCAGGGCCUCCUUAAGGAACAUUGACUUAAACUUAGAUCUUGAUGAAUAUGAGGAUACAGUAGCGCAAUUCCAGCCUGAAGCUCCAGUGGCCAGCGUGGCCGCACCCAGUGCAGGACCCUCAGUCUCACAGUCGAUUGAAGACGUGAAGACCAAGGAUUUCCUGGGCUGGCAACUGCCUGAGAUGAGCAAGAUGGGCAUGGACCCGGUUCAGUUUGCGCUGUCGUCGGACCAUAGAUUAGAGGUGGAUGAAGAUUAUGACAAUGAAGAAUGACUGAUGUAGAAGCUCAUAGGUAGUGAUGACUUCAUUGUACAUCCUGGUAGCGCCAGCUUUACUCCGUAGCAACUCUCCUGUAUCAUAUGUGUACCCGCAGAUGCUGCAGAAGUAGUUUAGGAUGUGACAUAUGCUGAUGGCUCGGUAACCAGCCAGUAGUCUUUUGUAGUGGCAGCUAUUUAUGUAGACAGGUUCACCAGUUGUAAAUCCUGGUUGCUCUGAGAUUAAAUGCUGUGUUAAAAUGCUUUUUUUGGUUGGCUUAUGAA